CCAUUACCUAUAAAAAGUGCUUUAUAAAAAACUAAGUUCCAACAUAAAACAAUACCUAUUUGACAUAGAAAAUAAGUGAAAAACAUGGUUUUUAAAUUAUUUUGUAUCCAAAUUUUAGGGAGCGAUGCAAAAAUAAAAUGGAAAAACACAAAGGAUACGUUUAGAAAAGAACUACAGAAAGAACCAAUUAGACGUUCAGGUGAUAGCGGGAUUGAAUAUAAAUCUAAAUGGCCAUUUUUUCAAAUGAUGAUGUUUGUGAAGGAUUCUUUACUUCCUAGUUCUAUGUCCGGAAAUUUAAAUGUUGGAGAACCAGAUUCAUUUUCAUUACAUGAAGCUACUGAUGAAGCCAAUGAAAGUGACCUUGAUGUAACGGGUACAUCAUUUACUGAUGUGACAUCGCCGUCUACAUCUACGUCACAUUUACCCGAUAUUAAUCCCAAGGUUACUUCAAAAAUGAAAAGAAAGAAAAAAAAUAGUAAAGCAGAUGCACAAGAGACAGAAAAUAAAAAAAAUGAGGACCCAGACGCUCAAUUUCUUCUCAGUAUCCUACCAUACAUAAAAGAAUUUGAUCCUUUAGAAAAACUCGAAAUCAGAAGUCAAAUUCAAAAUGUAGUUCUAAACGCUUAUAGAAAAAAAAAAAUACAUCGGGAAACCGCUCACAGCUUGAGUCUAUUCAAGACAUUCAGACCGACCUUCUAAACCAGCCAAGCGUAAAAAAAAUGUACCGUCCAUAUCAGGA